AUGGAUAAGCAUGAGACUGUAAAGGAUCUAAAAGUUUUUUCCCCAAAUAUUGACGAACACAAAGCAUAUGUAAAUAAGCAUACUGAUAAUAGAGAUGAUAGAAAGGGAGCAAUUAAAAAAAAAUACAUAACAAAUGAAGACUUAACAGAUGAACACGUAACAAAUGAACACAUAACAAAUGAACACAUAACAAAUGAACACAUAACAAAUAAAUGUAUGAAAAAUAAAUAUUUACAAUUAUUAAAUCAUACCAUGAAUACACGUAGUUGUGAAUCGAUGUACAAUGGAAAUUUUCAUCACUUUAAUUUGGAUUACUGUUCAUCAUCAAAGGAGGAAGAGGAGGAGUUAAGUCCAAGUAUUCGCAAUGAAAAUAUGGAAGAAUCUUCCAUGAAGUUUAAAAAUUUGGAAAAUUACGAUGAGAUAAAUAAAUUAGACGAUUUAAAAAAUAGAUCAGAGAUUGUAAGAUAUUACAAUAAUGCAGCUGCUGAUUCUGACAUUUCGAUCGAGUAUCUUAUUCCGAAUAGGAAAGUAUGCGGAAUCCAAAAUGGGUACAAAAAGAGGUGCCAAAAAUGGAACAAAAAAGGAAAGGAAAAAAUUAAUUUUGUUAGCUUUUACAAAUAUAACAAUUUAGUAAAUAGAAAUGAAUCUACAACCAUUUUAGAUUCCACAACUCCUUCAGUGAGUAGCAAAACAGGUAGUAAUUAUGCACAUCGUGAAGUUAAGUUGAAUCUGAAUUCUCUUAUAUGGAAAAAAAUGAUGAAGAAAAAUUAUAACACACAAGAGGACAGCAGUACUGUUUUUUCAUUCGCGAGAAAAAGAUCCAAUGUCCCUUCGAGUGAAGAUACAGAAUCGUGUAAAUUGUAUACGGAGGAUGUAUUAAAUAAAUGUAAGAAUUAUAGAGUUAUAAAUAGCACGAGGAGAAAAGAUGCACGAAAUGAAGUAGAUAACUGCGAAACCAAAUUGAGGAAGCCCCAAAUUGAUCAAGUGAAGAGAAGAGAUUCUGAAGAAAGUUCCAUUAUAAAUUGUUUCUUAAAAGAAUGUUCUGGAAAAAAGGCCAUUAUUAGUAGUUUCUUGGAAAAUAAUGUGAAUGGAAAAGAGGUAAGGAACAAGAACAAUUACCAUCACGGCGGUUGUGACUCCACCAAUUCUCAAAAUCCAAAUGGACAAAGGAAUUCGGAGAAAAUAUCUCCUUGUUGUUACCUUGAAAAAUUGGACAAUGAUGAAGGUAGUAAUAGUUAUAAAGGUGACGAUAAUGGUAUUGAUAUUAAUAUUGAUAAUAAUAGUGAUAGUGACAGCGAUAGCGAUAUUAAUAGUGACAUUAAUAUUGAUAAAGAUAUUGAUAAAGAUAUUGAUAAAAAUAUUGAUAAAAAUAUUGAUAAUAAUAGUGAUAAUAAUAGUGAUAAUAAUAGUGAUAAUAGCAAUGAGAACAGUAAUGAAAGUAAUAAUGAGGGGAAUAAUGAUAGCGUCCCUCGUGAAGGUAGAAACUGUAGCAAACUGUUCAAAUGUUGCGUUAAAAUUUUCAGAAACGAUUCAUGUAAUUUCGAUUGUAGUGAAAUAACUGGGAAUAAUGGAAGUCCAGUAGGAAGGAGAAACAUUUCUCUUCUUGACUCAAUCAGUCAAUAUUUUAACGUUAAUGAUAAUAAAAAUUGUGUAUUCUUUGAGAAUCAGAAGGAUAAUACAACACUUGUAGAUCGAAAUUCACCCAUUACUUAUGAACCUGUAUCCAUUUUAAAAAGCAUAGGAAAGAACAAAAUCAGUAUCAAAAGGAAUGAUUCACACAGAAUUCACAUCAACGAUCGUGAUAAGUUAAGUGAAGGUGAUGUUGGAAAGAGGAGACGAGAUAGAAGUAUCAGAAGUGACACACGGAAAGGUAGAAGUGUAAGUGUGCAUAAAUCUCAUAUGUAUGCAAAGGACAUGUUUGUGUGUCAACAAGAAGAAUAUAUUUUAAAUUUGGAAAGGAAAAGUCUUCAUGGAAAUAACAACACUUCGAAAAAGACACAUAGCGAUUCAAAACUUUCUUCUUACAAAAAAUUGGAGAUUAUUUUAUUGAACAAUGGUCGUAAAAAUGGUAGUGCUGAUAAUUUAACUAAAUCUAUAAGGAAAAGUUGUGUUAUGGAAAAGAAAAAGAAAAAGACGAAAAGUAAAAGUCAAAAAAGUGAUGAAGAAUUGAUGCAAUUAUAUGACGAUAUCAAAUGUUUCUAUAAGUGGAAGCACAAAAGGGGAAAGAAAGAAAGAGGAAAGGAAAAAAAAAAAAAAAAAAAAAAAAAAAAUGAAAACGCUAACUCGUAUAAAAAUUUUCAAUUUUUAAAUAACAUUAAAAAAAAGUCCGUCUUUAGCUACAAAGAAUUCAUAGAAUCCAAUUCGUCUGGUACUGCAUCAAAGGAGAUAUUUGAAAAUGAUGAAAUCGAUUAUAUGAAUGAGAAAAAAAAUGUUAAUCCUAUUAGUAAUUCCCCAAACGAUGAAAAUCAGGUUGGUGGUGAGAACCCCAAAUAUGAUGCUGUUGCUGCUGCUACUGAUGAUGACAGUAACACCGAUGGCAGAAGCAAGCUAAUGAAAAAUAUCCAAUUGCAAAAAAAAUCGAAGACACAUCCUUCGAUUGAUAGUCAAAAAAUGAGCAAAGGAUCUUCCUUUCCCAUCAUAAAAGAAGAUGAUUUUUAUUUUUCCACUUUAAAAAGGAAUAGAAGUUUGGACGAAGUGUUAACAUGUUAUACGAUUAAUUGUGAUUCUAUGUUUUGUUCGAAGCCAAAUUUCAGUAAGGGGUGUAAUGAAUGCUACCAUUGCAAUGACGGGAAAUUAUUUGUUAACACCAUGGAAUGCAAUACGAGAAAGGGUUUUGGAAGUGACGGAGAAGAAGAUGAGGAGAUGAAGAAGAUGGAAGAGAUGAAGAAGAUGGAGGAGAUGAAGAAGAUGGAGGAGAUGAAGAAGAUGGAAGAGAUGAAGAAGAUGGAGGAGAUGAAGAAGAUGGAGGAGAUGAAGAAGAUGGAAGAGAUGAAGAAGAUGGAAGAGAUGGAGGAGAUGAAGAAUAAACAGGAAAAUAGUAAGGUAGUAAUGGACAAACAUUGCACCAAUUCUUCACAAAGAGAGAAAAAUGAUUCCCAGUUAUUUUCCUUCAGCGAAUGUACAAAGUGCAAUAAUAGGAGUAUACAACAAAAUGGAAACUCUGAUGAUAAUUUUUACCAUUCCCUCAUUAGCUAUCGCCCAAAUAGAGUAAAUCCAAACAUGUUUCUCAAAGAGGUAGGAAAUAAACAGUGGAAAAAGAUUAACAUGAAUGAUAAAACAUUUAGGAGAAAGAACCAAAUUCAUCACCAUCCACUCCAAAGUGAUGAAAUCCAUUGCACUCACAGUGGGAGAGAUAAUAACACAUAUCACGUUCGUAAUUAUGAAGUUCAGAUAAAUACACCAAAUGUAUGUCCUGAGGUCAGAGGAGGGAAUAACCAUGAUAGAACUUUUCUGAGUGUGAGGAAAUGUGUGCAAAGGGGGGUGAGAAAUCGGAAAAUAUUAAAUAUAAGGAAGAAUGUGAAGAAAGGAAAGAAUGAAACAGGUUCGAAGAGUGGAAAGAAUGAGACGGGUUUGAAGAGUGGGAAGAAUGAGAUGGCUAUGAAUAAAUGGAAAAAUAAGAAGGGAAAGAUAAGAAAAGUAAUGAACAAUUUGAGUCUGGAAAACAAGGGAACAAAUGAUGUGCAUGAAGGAAAGGCUGGAAACCCGUUGUGUACGAACAUUUGUAUAUCUAGGAGAGAAUAUGAUGAAGAGAAAAAAUGUUUGGGGUGUGAAGAAGGGACAGAUGUGGAAGGAUUUAAUAAGUAUCGUUCAGCACCAAUUGACGGUUUAGCUUAUCAUACUUGUUGGGAGAAAAAUGCAAUAGAAGAGGUAAGAAGCGAAAUCUGCAAUGAAGAAGAAGAAGAGAAAGACAAGUGUAUGAAAGAGAUGCAAAAUAGAAUCAAUGAAUCUGAUGAAGGAGAAGGUUACAUGUAUGGGAGAAGGAAUUCAUCCCACACAGAAGAGGAACAUUUACACAGAGGAGAGAAGAACAAGUGUAGUAACUCCUUGUGUGAGAUAAAAUACCAUGGUUGUUUUCACCAAGAUUGUAAAUAUUAUAAUAAUAUGUAUUACAUUAUCGGAUUAAUAUAUUAUGGAGAAAAAUCUCAAGUAUACAAAUGCAUUAAUAUGGUUAACAAGAAACCAUAUGCAAUGAAAGUCAUUUUGAAAGAAGAAAAUGAUUAUUCAAUGAACAAUGUUUUUGAAAAAUAUCUUUUUUUAAAAAACAAUCCUCAUAGGAAUAUUAUAUCUAUAUAUGAUAUUUUUAGUCAAGAUAAUUAUAAUUGUAUAAUAAUGGAAUUUUGUGAAGGUUGCACUUUAUUAGAUUAUUUUAUGUCCCUUGUACCAGGUUCCUUAGAUGUGUAUGAGAUAAAAAAAAUAAUGAAGAACCUACUUAUAGCUUUAGAUUUCUUGCACUCUAAUAAUUUUAUACACAGAGAUAUAAAAUUUGAAAAUAUUAUGUUUAAACGAAAAAGAAAACGAAAUUAUGAGUAUGAACAAUUUUGUUCCUCUCCAUUAGAAAGUACAGGAUUAUUACUAUCCAUGGGGAAAAGAGAUAUACACAAUGAUGUGGAUAUUACGAACAAUAAGAACCAAGGAUCUCCAUUCUUAGUUCCUUUCUCGAAGGACUCCUCUGAUAUGACAUACCAUUCUGUGUCACGAGCUCUUGUUGGAUCUAUCCAUGAACAACACAAGGGUAAAGAGAGAAUGGCAGAAUCUAAUUCUAACAUUGCACUGAAUAGAACUUCCUAUGGUUAUGACUUUUACAAUGGAGGAACCUCCAGUGAGAAGACAAUUCCACGUGGAUCAAUCCUGACAGAAUCGAUUUCUUGUGCUUCCAUUUCCAGCAGAAACUGCUCAAAUGGAUUCAUUUCCCACGAUAGCUUCUCAAAUGGGAUAUUUUCCCACGGCAGAUGCUCAAAUGGAUUCAUUUCCCACGACAGCUACUCAAAUGGAUUCAUUUCCCACGACAGCUACUCAAAUGGAUUCAUUUCCCACGAUAGCUACUCAAAUGGAUGCAUCUCCCACGAUAGCUGUUCUAAUGAGAUCUCCUCAAGGGGCUUCUCAAGAUUAAACCACAAGAACUAUCCUCUAUCUUAUGAUGGAAAAUUAGCGGAUAGAUAUCUGCCAACGAUGGUUUCAGUUCAUUCAAAUGGAACACAUACAUCUAUCAGUUCAAAUGGAAGAGUGAAACAGUAUCCUAUACGGGCUAAUUCAUUUCAUUCACAUUACUUCAGCAACCAAGACCACUCCUAUAGUGUGACGGAAAAGAGAAAGGAUUUGUGCCAAAUAGAUAUUAGAGAAAAAUAUUUGGAUGGUGCUACAUUCAUUAAUAAAAGAUACAGAACAUUGUACAAUGGAAGGAAGAAGAAUGUUUCUCUCGUGAGACUUCACACAAAUGAAGGAAUCAAGUGUUCAUCGCUGAAAGAAAUAAAAAAACAUUAUAUUAAAAAGAAAAGAAGAAAAAAAAUAGGGAAUUCUUAUAGUGAUAUAUGUUUAAUCGACAUGGAUAUGAUGGAGAAGGUGGUGUCUAAUAAAUUUAACAAAAGUAGAAAAUCGAAAUUCAUAUGUGGAACCGCCCCUUAUAUGUCUCCAGAAUCUUUAGAUGGGGUCAUAUCAACAGGUAAUGACAUCUGGGCAUGUGGUGUUAUUUUGUAUGCAUUAAUGGAUGGUCGUUUCCCAUUCAAAAUUAAUAGCAACAUGCCAAUUCACUUAAAAAAGAAAGUGCUAAUUCACACGAAGCCCAAUUUCGAUCCCUUCAUUUGGAAAGACAACCCAGAUGUAUUAGACUUAUGCUUGAAACUUUUGGAUCCAAAUCCACACACGAGAAUACAAAAUGCUAGAGAGGCAUUAAUUCACUAUUGCUUUGCAGACAUUGGUUAA